AUGCCUCAGUUACUACGAAACAUUCAUGGGAUCAUUGAGGCCUUUGGUCGCUACGCCAAGACGGAGGGUAACUGCACGGUGCUGACCCGAGGGGAGCUGAAAAGGCUCCUGGAGCAUGAGUUUGCUGACGUCAUUGUGAAACCCCAUGACCCAGCCACUGUGGACGAAGUCCUACGCCUGUUGGAUGAAGAUAACACAGGGACCGUGGAGUUCAAGGAAUUCCUGGUGCUCGUGUUUAAGGUCGCCCAGGCCUGCUUCAAGACCCUAAGUGAGAGCCCUGAGGGAGCUUGUGGAUCUCAAGAGUCCAGAAGCCACCACCCUGGGGCCUCGCAAGAGCUGAGGGAGGGACAGAGAAGUCACACCGAAGUGGGAUGGGCUGGGAGAGGUCAGCUCCGUGAGGGGAGCAGCCAAGGACAGAGCAAGCAGGCGUCCCUGAAGCAUGACGGCAGCUCCGCUCAGGUAGUAACAGGACACAUUCAGACCCAGGCAGGGUCACAAACCCAGGUGCACCCCCAGACUGUGGAGCAAGACAGGAGCCAGACGGGAAGACAUGCAGGGGCUAGAGAAGAGGGACAGAGCCAGACACAGUCAGGCAGUGGUCAGACAUGGACCCGAGUGAGCAACUAUGAGGCAGGAGAGACCGUGCUGGAAGGACAGCCCCAACCUGGGGCAGGCACUCUGCCAGGCAGUCAGGACGGGAGCAGCAUGCACCCAAGUUACAGCGUGACAGGAGAGCAGGGGGAGUCCAACGUGGUUGUCGAGGAGUGGGUUGAUGACCAUACAAGGGAGAUGGUGAUCCAAAGGCAGGAUCAGGGCACGCUGCCCUCCAGCGCUUCUUCAGCUCUGGGCGGAGAGACAGCCCAGCCCAAGGAGAGACGAGGCAUCACAGCCAAGGGGCUGUAUUCUUACUUCCAAAGCACCAAGCCAUGA